AUGACAAAGACCACUGUGCGCCCUGGUGAUCCGGACUGCGGCGAUGACUGCGAGUGCUGGAAGGACUCCUCGGCGCAUACAGACACCGAAGCACAGCACUUCCAUGACAGCCUUCAUCCUGAUCGCGAGAUUGGUGAUGCACAGGCAUGUCCGAACCCACUGGGAUCACCCGUCAAGCGUUUGUCAUGGCUCGACAGGUUCCUCACCCUGUGGAUCCUGCUCGCCAUGGCAGUCGGCAUCAUCCUUGGCUACUUUGUCCCCUCAACCCACCGCGUCCUCGAAACCGUCCAGUUCGUCAACGUCUCACUGCCAAUCGCUCUUGGGUUGUUGGUCAUGAUGUACCCCAUCCUCUGCAAAGUCCGAUACGAGCAUAUGCACGUCGUUCUCCGCUCAAAGGCUUUGUGGAAGCAGAUCGCUUUCUCGUUCGUGUUGAACUGGAUCGUUGCGCCGCUUAUCAUGGUUGCGUUGGCGUGGGCCACGUUGCCUGACGAGCGUGGAUACCGUGAGGGUCUCAUUCUUGUGGGGUUGGCGAGGUGUAUCGCCAUGGUUCUCAUCUGGACUGACCUCGCGAAUGGAGACGGCGAGUACUGCGCCAUUCUCGUUGCGUUCAACUCCCUGCUCCAGAUCGUCCUUUUCUCGCCAUUCGCACUCUUCUACCUCAAUGUCGUUGCGCCACAGUCCGAUUCAUACCAGGCUGGUAACCAGGGUACCGUGUCGUACAGUGUCGUUGCCAAGUCCGUUGCUGUCUUCUUGGGCAUCCCCCUUGGUGCCGCCGUCAUCACCCGCUUCGCCUUCCUCAAGCUCGGCGGCAAGAAGUUCUUCCACGACGUCUUCAUCCCGCUCAUCUCCCCCCUCUCCCUCAUCGGCCUACUCUUUACAAUUUUGAUCCUCUUCGCCUCCCAAGGUCGCCAAGUAGUCCAAUCAAUCACCGGCGUCCUCCGCGUCUGCGCCCCCCUAAUCCUCUACUUCCUCCUCCUCUUCUUCGGAACCCUCUACCUGGCCCGCUACCUCGGUUACACCUACCGCAUCUGCGUCGUCCAAGCCUUCACCGGUGCCUCCAACAAUUUCGAGUUAGCUAUCGCUGUUGCUAUUGCGAGUUAUGGGAUUGAUUCGAAGCAGGCGUUGGCGAGUGUUGUGGGGCCGUUGGUAGAGGUGCCGGUGUUGUUAGGGUUGACGCAUUUCGUUACUUGGAGGCAUCAGAAGGGCGAUUGGAGGAGGAAUGGAGAAUGA